CAAGCAGAGCAAGUACCUGCACAGAGACAAGAGAAGGUUAGAACCAUGAAGAGCAUCCACUCCCUGGCUGGAAUCGUCCUGCUCCUUGGCUUUGUCCACAGCAGCUGGCAGGUUCCUCUGCACGAGGCCGACGACAGCUCCAGUUUCGAGGCCGACGACACGUUAGCGGACGAGCUGAGGCAGCUGCCCAACAUGAAGCGACACUCUGAGGGGACGUUCUCCAACGACUACAGCAAAUACCUGGAGGACAGGAAGGCGAAAGACUUUGUCCGGUGGCUGAUGAACAACAAGAGGAGCGGCGCUGCAGAAAAGCGCCACGCAGAUGGAACCUUCACCAACGACGUGAGCUCCUACAUGGAGGAGCAGGCGCUCAAAGACUUUGUUGCCAGGCUCAAGUCUGGACAAGUCAGAAGAGAAUCUGAGAAGGACAGGUGGGGUGAAGCCAUCAGCAGGAGGCAUGUAGACGGCAGCUUCACCAGUGAUGUGAACAAGGUGCUUGACUCCAUGGCUGCCAAGGAGUAUUUACUGUGGGUCAUGACCUCCAAGCCCUCAGGGGAAAGCAAGAAAAGACAAGCGGACCAAUGAGACGCUGCGGACGGGACCCGUCUAUGUGCUGCAACGUGAAGCCAUACACAGGAGGAACAGGAAGCCAUACUGCUUUGAAUGUCGUCAUGUCAACAUUCUAUUUAAAUGUGUUUUUUACUUCAUGUGAUGCAAAGAUACAAAACCAAAAAAACGACUAGUCUUCUGGUGUUUAUGGAAAUGAAAU